ACUUUUUUUAUGUUGCAGGUGCUCUGCCGGUACCAGCACAUCUGGAAUAUUGAUCUGCACUUCUGUCCAGCUUUCCUUGGUGGCAUAAUGCAAGCAACUGGUAACAAGCCCCCAGCAAUGUUGCCAAAGCGUGCAGAAUACAUGCUGAAGGAUAUAAAAAGGAUGGCAAAAUACUACCAAGUGCCUGUAAGGAUUUCAGAAGAUGACUUCCCACGUAUCCUUGGUACAAGCAGUCUUGGGGCCAUGCGCUUUAUCACAGCCAUCGACAUGACAGAACCACGGUUCUUGGAACCCUUAUCUAGGGAAUUCUGGAUACGGUUUUGGUCACAGCGUGAAGAUAUCAGUCAGCCGGAGAAUAUAUUAGCUGUUGCAGGACAAGCUGGGCUAUCACCAGAGCUUGCCCAAAAGCUGCUUGAAAUGAUUUCAUCCCCUGCAGUGAAGAACCGACUAAAAGAGACAACAGAGAAAGCAAUAAAAUAUGGGGCAUUUGGGAUGCCUGCUGUUGUGGCACAUUUUAAUGGGGAACCUCAUCUCUUUUUUGGCUCUGAUCGUUUAGAGCUGCUAGGCAGCGUUAUAGGUGAAAAGUGGCUAGGACCAGUUCCAUCAGUUCCAAGCCCCAAAAUGUGAAAAGUCCUGGGGAAAUAUGUAAGAGUGAAAAUAUAUAUGUACAUGGUCAAUCUUCAGUGAUUAUCUGAAUGUAUCCAAUUUUAUGGAGCGAUGGCUUUCUCAUCCUUAACAGCUAACUUUACAGCUCAGUCUCAUCUCUAAUUAGGAAGAAGUUCAAGGUUUGCCAGUAUUACCAGUCAGUGAGGUCUUCUCCAAUACAAAUGUGCUGCUUUUCUUUCAACAGAUUAAUGAUGAACAUUAAAGAUUAAACAUUACAUAUUUAACUUCUUGCAGAUUAAACAUUCUUCUUUCCUGAUUAGUUCUCUUUCUCUCACCCUAAAAGCAUGAGGAUUAAAUUGUUGUUAUGGGACUGAGAUGCCUGGAUUUCUUGUAUCUUCCUGCUUGUCCUUUAGAAACACACACACAGAGACAGCCUAAAAGAAGCUGGCCCCAUUCUCCUUUUAUUUUAAGUCCAAGAUACUACAUAGACACUAGAAGCACAGGACAAGGUAUUCAUGCUGCCUUUUACUCUGCAGCAUGGCAACUGAAGGGGACAUGAGAGAGAAUAGUGGAAGAGAGAGGGACAAUUCAAGCACAAAGAAAAAUCUGGGGAACCCAAUCAAGUAUUUCAAAAGGAAUUGUCCCCCUCCUGAACAGUAUUUUAUACCCCUCGCUCUGCAGUGGCUGACAUUUGAGGAGACCACCACGCACAUCCAUUCUCGGGCACCAACCACAGACCUUGCAGGAGUUUUUAAUUAAAGUCAGUUUUAUGGUAAUGUCUCUGGAGAACAAUGGUGAAUACCAUGUAAGUUUAGUUGGUAACCUAACCAGACUGCGUUCUGUUUCCUCAAGGAUGGCCUAAUUGCUGCCUAUCCAAAGGUGAUUUGGAUAUGGCUAUGAGGGACUUCCUAUCAUACAGUCUGCAGAGGGAAAAAUAUGCAAACAAUAAAAUUAAAACCAAACCACUUGAUUUUUCACUCUCAUCUCCGAUUACAGUAGUUAGAAAUUUCACACUGGCCCUGUAUUGGCUGAAUUGGAAUAACACACUCACUCAAACUAAUUUGAUUUGUGAGACUUGUUUUCUCAGUGAUGCCUGGCUGUCUCUGACGCAUCACUGAAGGAAGCAGAAGAACUAGCAGCAGCUGGAAUUCCAUUUUUUGUCUCCUUCUGAUCUUUAAGGUAAAGUAUAUUCUUGCUUGUUCACCUGAACAGCAAAUCCUGGAACAAAGCAUCAGAAAAAAAAUCUCUAUCCUUCAUGUUCUUAACAGCUGUAAGUGUUGUGGGAAUAUCAUUUGUUCCCCCAUCCAGAGUUUUUCCUUCUUACACCUCUUUC